CGGAAGUUGCGCCUUCUUUACUCGCCCUUUCAAAAUGCUGCCGAGGCCUUCAGCUGUGUGACUGACACCCCUCCCCGCGGACUCGGCAGGGGAGCGACUCAUGGAGCAGCCGUAAGUUUUAUCAAUAGGCUGCAAUUUCUUCACUGCCAAAAUGUCAUCACUUUCCACCUCUGCCCAGUGUUCAACAUCUGAGAGUGCUUGCAGUAUCUCUACGGAACAAAUCACUCAGGUACAACCAAAACUGUCACUUCUGAAGAUUUUGCGGGCAGCAGGUGCACAAGGAGAAACAUUCACUGUUAAAGAGGUCAUGCGGUACCUUGGUCAGUAUAUAAUGAUGAAGCAGCUCUAUGAUCAGCAGGAGCAGCACAUGGUGUACUGUGAUGGAGAUCCUCUGGGGGAUCUACUGGGACGUCAGAGCUUCUCCGUGAAAGAGCCGAGCCCUCUCUAUGAUAUGCUAAGAAAGAAUCUUGUCACUUUAGCCACUUCUGCUACAGAUGCUGCUCAGACUCUCGCUCUCGCACAGGAUCACAGUAUGGAUAUUCCAAGCCAAGACCACCUGAAGCAAAGUGAAGUGGAAAGUUUGAACUCCAGGAAAAGAACUGACGAAAGUGAUGCUCCCACGCUGCCUACCUCACAGCAUAAUUGCAGAAAUUCAAGACAAGAUGAAGACUUGAUAGAAAAUUUAACCCCAAAUAAGAACUCUCUGUUGGACCUCGGAUUUGAGGAGUGUGAUGUAGCUGGUCUGCCUUGGUGGUUUUUAGGAAACUUGAGAAAUAACUCUUCUCCUAGAAGUAAUGGCUCAAUGGAUUUACGGACAAAUCAGGAUGUAGGUACUGCUCUUUUUUCAGACACUACAGAUGACUUGUGGUUUUUGAAUGAUUCUGUAUCAGAGCAGUUAGGUGUUGGAAUGAAAGCUGAACCUGCUCAUACUGAACAAAUAAGGGACGAUGUAGAGAAAAAGAAUGAAAAAAAGGUGGUUGAAAUGGAAAAAAGUGAUGACUUGGAGGACUCUAGGUCCUUAAGUGAUGAUACGGAUACAGAAGUUACCUCAGAGAAUGAGUGGCAGUGUACGGAAUGCAAGAAGUUUAACUCUCCAAGCAAGAGAUACUGUUUCCGUUGCUGGGCCUUGAGGAAGAAUUGGUAUUCAGAUUGCUCCAAGUUAACGCACUCUCUCUCCACCUCUGAUAUCACUGCCAUCCCCGACAAGGAAAAUGAAGGAAUCGAUGUCCCUGAUUGCCGAAGAACAAUUUCAGCUCCAGUUGUUAGGCCUAAAGAUAUGUACAGAAAAGAAGACAACCCCAAGCCUCUUGGUCCUUGCCGCUCGGUGGAAUUUUUGGAUUUGGCUCACAGUUCUGAAAGCCAGGAAACCAUCUCCAGCAUGGGCGAGCAAUCAGGUAUCAGAAGAGAUGCCGAGAACAUGGAGGAUUGCCAGACUCUUUUGAAACCCUGUAGCCUGUGCGAGAAAAGACCACGUGAUGGGAAUAUUAUUCAUGGGAGGACAGGUCAUCUUGCCACGUGCUUUCAUUGUGCUAGAAGACUAAAGAAGGCCGGGGCUUCUUGCCCUGUUUGCAAGAAAGAGAUUCAGCUGGUUAUUAAAGUUUUUAUAGCAUAG